CAAUGACAGAAUACUGGAGGGAACACUCAAAAGAGGGCUCUGUCAAUGAAAUGAUGCUGGACACGGCAGCAGAAGAGCUUACAAAGGAGGAAGUUCCAGAGAUUCUCUCUUACCUGCCAGAUUGGACUGGUAAAACCGUAUUGGAGCUUGGUGCUGGUAUUGGUCGAUUCACUGCUGAACUGGCCAAGACUGCAGAAAAGGUUCUUGCAGUUGACUUCAUGGAAGAUUUCAUUGAGAUAAAUAAAACAACCAACAGUUGCUAUAGUAACAUUGAUUAUAUUGUUACUGAUGUCACUAAACUGGAGAUACCAGAAGAAAGUGUGGAUCUGAUCUUCUCCAACUGGCUGUUUAUGUACCUGGAAGACAUGGAAGCUCAAGAGCUGAUGAAAAAACAACUCUCAUGGCUGAAACCUGGAGGCCACAUUUUCAUGCGAGAGUCCUGCAAACAUCAGUCAGGCGAUAAAAACAGAGGUGCCAACCCAACCCAGUACAGAGACCCAGAGUUGUAUGAGGCGUUUUACUCUUCCAUUGCUCUUCCUUGUGAUGAGGAGAAUUUUUAUGGCUAUGAUCUUGUGUUUUCCAAGUCAGUGGAUACAUACAUUAAGGACUUUGUUGAGAUGCUUGAUUUAAAGGAAGGUCAAAGAGUCUUGGAUGUUGGUGGUGGCAUUGGGGGCAGUGCUUUCUACAUGGCCAAGACUUUUGGUGCAAAGGUGACCAUUGUGGAUCUGUCAUCCAACAUGAUUCAGAUUGGUAUGGAGAGGGCCCAGGAGGUGGGAUGUGGUCCAGAUCAGGUUGUGUUUGAGAGAACUGACGCCACAAAGAGAGACUACCCACCAGCAUCUUUUCGAU